AUGAGAGGAGUUAAGAUAUCGAUUGAUGCAAAGACCCCACAAGAAAAUAAACGAAGAUAAUGGCUUAAUUUUAGAUAGAAAGUGAUAUUUAUCGCAGUCUCAAUAAUCUUAUCACUUGGAUGUGACGUAGUUUAUUACCGAAAUCUUGUUAAGGAAGAACAUGAAGAUUCUUCAUCAGCAAUUUCUGUUAUAAUGUGGAUAUUGAAAAUAUUGGAAACUGCGAUGGGUUUGUUUUUAGUCUACAUAUUCUGCUCCUUAUUUUAUUCAUUUGUUCGAAUGAGAGCUUAUAAACUUGCACUCAAAAAUAGAGAAUACAGCUGCCUUAAUAAAGCUAUGAUUAUGUGGAUAUCACUCUUGAUUAUUCUAUCAACUUUAAGCAUGAUAUUAACCAAUAUUAUGCAGGCUACCUUGGUGUAUUAGGAUAACUCAAAUGAUAGCCCUCUCUAAUUUUAUUAGAAUCAUAGAUUUGUCUUUUAUACUGCUAUCGAUUUCUUGAAAGGUAUUACUAUGGUAUAUCUUUUUAAGUAGUAAGGUAAAUUCUACCUAUCUUCAUCUUAGAGACCAGUAUCUCAAAGACCAGAAAGGGUAAAUAUAGAGCCAAUACCAUAAAACCUGCUUGAUGAAUUAGAUAUAUCUAAGCACACUAAUAAUUACCAUUAAAGUGGAAUGGGAGAUGCAACUAAAGAUAAUUUGAGAUUAGAUCACUUGAAUUAUUCAAGAGAAUUACAAACAGACAAAGAUUAUAAUGCUGAUGAUGUUGAAGGUGAUCAUUCUACGAUUAAAGACGAAUAAGAAUCUAGAUAAUCAGAUUUCCUUGAUAAGUCAUCUUUUAUGGGCUAUUUCGAAGACGAAAACUAAUUUAGAAAUUUCUUAUUCUCUCAGCUCGGAGAUAUGAGAAGGAAUACUCCUAUCAAUGUGAGAUUUACAACUAAAAUUUGA